AUGCCCCAUCACAGGACUCUCUUGAAGCACUUCCCUUCCCUGCAGUCUCUCAACCUCUCCAGCAAUGCCAAGCUCAUGCUGAGCCCAGCAGUCUUCUCCAACCUCGGGGCGCUGCGUCUGCUGGACCUGAGCAGCUGCAGCAUCACCCACAUUCAUGAGGACACUUUCAAGGGCCUGGGAAACUUGCACACCCUGCUUCUAAGAAACAACAGCUUGCAAGAGCUUGAUGUCCCUUUCCUUUUGCCGCUGAAGGCUCUUUUCCACCUGGACCUGCAGCACAACGCGCUGGUCUCUGUGGACCCUUGGAGCCUGCAGCUGUUGGAGAUGGUCCCACAAGUCCAUCUGGAAGGGAACCCCUGGGCCUGCGACUGCAGCGCGCACACUCUGCAGCAGUGGCUGCAGCGCAGGCGAGCUGUGCAGGUGACCUGCGUGUCCCCCCCAGAGCUGAGGGGCCAGGAGAUCGCAGCUCUGGAUUCUCAGGACCUGGGCUGCCAGGUUAAGCAGCGGUUUGCUCGUGCGCUCACCACACCACAGAAUAUCACAGUGACUGAGAACAACAGCACUGCACUGCCUGCUGGGAAGGGGGGAAGGAGCUGGCCAUACCUGGUGGGAUUCCUGGUGACAGCGAUUGGCAUCUCCAUCCUGAUUGCACUGGCUGCCAAGUGCAAGCUUGCCCACAAGAACUUCGCCAGCUACCGCCACCGGCCGCUGCCUGAAAUCAGCUCCAUCGGACGCAGCCCCAUGGAGGAUACUGAGGAUGAUGAUGGCUUCAUCGAGGACAACUACAUCCAGCCCAGUGAGCAGCUGCCAACAAAAGAGGAGCGGGAGUUGCAUCGCUCCAUCUGA